UUUCCACGGAAACACGGCAUCCUGUGAUAGUCUAUAUUCACGGGGAAUCCUUUGAAUGGAAUUCGGGAAAUCCCUACGAUGGAAGCGUUUUAGCUUCCUAUGCUGACUUGGUAGUAGUCACCCUGAAUUAUAGAUUAGGAAUAUUGGGUUUCCUGAAUGCAAACCCUGCGCCACACCUCAAAGCUCGCGUCGCAAACUACGGGCUCAUGGACCAAAUAGCAGCGCUCCAUUGGAUUCAGCAGAACAUAGCUUUAUUCGGCGGUGAUCCAGACAACGUCACCAUGGCUGGACAUGGGUCUGGAGCUGCUUGUAUAAAUUUUCUUAUGAUAUCACCAACGGUGAUGCCUGGUCUCUUCCAUAGAACGAUUCUCUUGUCGGGAUCAGCUCUUUCAUCUUGGGCAUUGGUUGAAGAUCCGGUCAACUAUGCCGUCAAACUAGCCAAAGAAGUCAAUUGCUCCAUUCCAGAAGACGUCGGAAAAGACCAUGAAGCCAUUGUGGACUGCCUUCGCGACACACCUCUGGAAGAACUCCUCCAAGCCGACGUCAUAGCCCCAGCGUACCUCAGCGCAUUCGGUCCCAGCGUAGACGGAGUCGUCAUCAAAACGGACUUUGCCAAAGAACUGGUAACGUACUUCAAACCACAAGACCUGCAGAACUUCGUAGGACCGGUCAACGCCAACAUGAAGAGAAGUGAGACCACUCUGACCCCGAAGGGCAACAAUCCCUACGACUUGCUUUUCGGCGUAGUGACUAGUGAGGCGCUGUGGAGGUUUUCGAACACCGAUGUGUCUGCCGGGUUCGAGGGGGAACGCAGAGACAAAAUAAUUAGGACUUACGUGCGGAACGCUUACACUUAUCAUUUGAGUGAAAUAUUUUUCACGGUAGUGAAUGAAUAUACGGAUUGGGAGAGGACGGUGCAACACCCUGUGAAUACGCGGGACUCUGCCAUUGCUGCGCUUAGCGACGCGCAGUUCGUAGCUCCGUUGGUGCAAACUGGGGAUUUGUUGAGUGCUAAGCCUCCACAGCCCGGUCAGGAAGCGACUGGCCCCAAGACUUUUUUCUACGUAUUCGAUUAUCAAACGAAAGAUGGAGAUUAUCCUCAAUAUCAUCGGUAUAAAACGAUUUGCUGGACUUUAUGUGAAGAACAAGAUCACUUGCAUAAACAAGGAAGAGAAGCAGGCCAAGAACCAAGAAGAAGCAGCCAAGAUCCCUGGGGAACUCCACUUGUGACUUGUCUGUGCGAAGAAAAAGAGUGA